GAGAGAUCCGGUACAGCAACUAUCAACACAUGCUGCUAUAAACCUAAUGAAUCCUGCAAAGCUCACUGAAAUGACACUGCUGCUUUAAAGCGUUUAAGCAUCUGCAUCUGUUAAGCAAAACUGGUCUCAAAUUGCAAGUUUCUUCUGACCCACAGAACCAGACAAACAGCUGAAUAAAUUUUGAUGUCAAUCAUGAGUGUUGAACUGGUCAGCUGCACUGUGAAGUCACCCGUUGCUCUGCAGAUUGGAGACGCUGUGUCCGAUUCAUCUCGCCCUGGCGUCUAUAUAACAGACGUCACCCUCGCAGAACCUGUGAAUAUUCAGGAGAUUUCUUUCAAGAACUACUACACGGCAUAUCUGACGGUGCGUGCGCAGCGGAGAGAUGAAGGAGCUGCUAAGUGGGUCACCUGUCUGAGAAAUCACUGCCUGAUGGCCAAUCCACACGCGGAAGCUGGAUCACAUGACUAUUUCUCCAUUUACAGACAGCAGAUGUUGACUGAACCUGAUAAUGUGACGACAGUCAGACUCAUUUUGCGUCAACCCUCCUCAGAAUGGCUUCAUUUCAGCAUUGAGGAAAUUAACAUUUAUCCAUACAUGAAAGAGGACUCCAAACGGGAUGUUUCCGCAUGGUUAUCCACUCUAACACCUGUAGAGGCUCCUCUUGAUUUGAAUGGGCUUCCAGACCCGCAGACAGUUUCCUCCAGUAUUCAGCAGAUGUGGGCGCUCACUGAGAUCAUGCAGGCGAGCCAGACUGCAGCUUCCAUCGGACGCUUCGACGUGGAAGGCUCGUAUGAUGUCAAAUUGCUGUCUUACACAUAACGGGACCACUGAAAGUUCAUUGUCUGUUUAUUUAUGUAUAAUUAGAUUUUGGUGAUGCUAACUGCUUGCCCUGACAGUAUUUUCUUUCAUAAUUGGUUCCUGUUUAUAUAAAUAUUAUAUUAUGCUAUUUUAUUUCGCUUAAUUCUUAUUUAAAUUAAGGUUCCAGAGUGUUUUAGCUUAACUGAUAUGACACUACAAUGUAAAUUCCAUAAAAAUCUCAUAAACCGCAUCCUUGACCCUAUAAACCAGGGCCCGUAUUCACAAAGAUUUUUAUCUUACCAUUAGGAGUUCUACAAAGAGUUCCUUGCUAGGAGUUUUUGCUUAAAACCUAUUUACAAAACUGCUAAGAGAAAAAAAGGAAAUCUUAAGAUAAUAGUAAAGGCUCAUUUAUACUUACUGGGCAAACAGGCUUCGCUUAUUUCGCCUACAAACGAUGACCAAAUGCAGUGACGUAUUUGUUCCGCCAAGGUGUUCGUUUGGUGAGAUGUGAGUGGUGGUGGUGUAGUGGACUAAAGCACUGAACUGGUAAGCAGAAGGUUGUUGGUUCAAUCCCCACAGCCACCAUCACUGUGUCCUUGAGCAAGGCACUUAACUCCAGGUUGCUCCAGGGGGAUUGUCCCUGUAAUAAGGGCACUGUAAGUCACUUUGGAUAAAAGCAUCUGCCAAAUGCAUAAAUGUAAAAUGUAAAAGACAUUGUUGACCCAACAGAACUCGGCUGGUCGAAGAGCGUUUAUGAUUGGUUAAAACUAUUCGUGGGUGUGGUAUGGACAUUACUUUUUAUUUACAAUCGCACUUGCCAGCGGAGGAGUUGUUACCUAGGUUAUUGUUGUUAAAAUGGAUAACUUUGCAGCCCGUCUCUCUGAGAUUGUGUGAAAGUAUACUUUUUUUUUUUUUUUACAUGAUUUGUAACACAAAGUCUACUAAGACAGCGUAGCCACGACAAAUAAGUGGAGAGAGAUUUGAGUUUUUCAGAGUGAAAGGGUCCGUGACAAGUUUAAUGAAACUUUUAAAUUAAUUUAGUUUAAUAAGGGGCACAGAGAUAAAAACCUGCAUUAUUGGCUUUACUUGUGGCUGGAACAGUAUGUUAAACACGUGACAUCACACUAAAAGAACAAAUUUUAAAACGCCGUUGCGUGUAGUAUAAAUGGCGGCUUCAUUCGCCUAGGGUGCUUUAGUUCAUCCAGGAGAAAAAAUUUUUGGCUUCUUCCAAAGUAUAAACCAGAAUGACAAAGACAAAAAUUAGGAGUGACACAGCCCUAAUUUUUAAGAGUUGUGUUAGGAGCUACUUUUAGCCUUAAAAAAUGUUUUGUGAAAGGGUUCCCAGAUUUUUUGCUUUUAUGUGCCUUUCAGAAUUUACAAUUACAUGUAAUAAAUUUACCUCUGUCUUUGGGGUUUCCACUGUCAUGGAGAACCUGGAAAUAUAUAAAAAUUGCAAUACUGUAUAUUUCAAAGGGAAUUUUAAGUAUUCUGGAAAAACCAUGGAACAUCGACCCAGGAAUCUCUAUAAAAUGAUUUUUCAAAAAUCCAGUAACAACAAACAACUGAAAAAGAACAUUAAUUGGUUAGAAGGUUUGGGAACCCUUUGAGUUGAUUGUCAAAAUGUAUAAGAUUGUUUAUGUAUAUGUUUAUUUAUGUGCUUGUUUUUUGUUUUUUUUACAUUCGAUACAAGUAUUAUUUUCUUUAUAAGCUUGUCUUGCAUUUUUGCGAACUUUAUCUUACGAACCCUUGUUUUGAAAAUAAAACACCAUUUAUGUGUGUAGAUAAUUACAUAAAUGUACAGUAUGAGUUUAUUAAGAUUUACUGUCAUAUUUUGAACACAGAAUUAGAUAAAAACUUGUCUAGAGGAAUUAUUUGUCACAUACUAAACACGCAAAAAGCAGAUAAUCUUCACGGUAAAGUUUCAAAUCGAAUCUCUCUUGCCAGACUUGACUAUCUCUUGAGAUCUCA